AUGAUCUCAGGUCUCAUCAAAUCUCUAUCUCCUGCAACAACUACGGCGUCGCUUUCACGCUCCUCCAAAGUUACAUCGCAGCAUGAGCGUGUACCUCUAGCUUGGGGUUUGCCACCAUCCCGGAAAUUACCAGAUGAAUACCAGAUAACAGCAUCCCAGACAGCUUCCGGCUCGGAUCUUGACCAGGACAUCUCACGGCAACUUAUUACAAGCAACAAUGAGCACGCACCUCUCCCAGAAAGCGGUGGUGUCUCCAUGUCACCAGCAAUGAUGUUCUUAUCCGCGUUUAAUCCCUCCGCAAUCCCACAAUCACCGGAUGCAGAAGGUGAAAUCAUUCGUGGCUAUGUCCUUGGACCAAUCAUAGGUUAUGGGGGUUUUUCUGUGAUUAGACGUGCCUCAUCCCCUUCCGGAGGUGUUGUCGCUGUCAAAAUUGUCCGUCGCACCGAUUUGGAGAAACAGACAGAUCCUUCUUUAGCUAGAAGGCGACUCAAUCACGAGGCCCAAAUAUGGGCUUCUCUAUGUCACGAGCACACCUUGCCCCUCUUCUUUUCCGAACACACUCCCUACGCCGACUUCUUCUUCUCUCUUCUUUGUCCCGCGGGAUCUCUAUAUGAUAUACUUUUAAGGGACGGCCGUCCCGCUCUCCCUCACGAUGACGCCGGCAUGAUGUUUCGACAAAUUGUACGAGGCGUACGCUACCUGCACGAAGUCGCAGGCUAUGUACACAGGGAUAUCAAACUUGAGAACGUUCUUGUAGAUGAGAUGGGUAUAUGUAGAAUUUGCGAUUUCGGCAUGACUCGCAAAAUCGGCGAAGUUGACGGUGAUGAACCCCUAUCCGAUGCAGACAAUCACUCUGAUAAUCAUUCUGGCACUCAUCGUCACCGUUCCACUUCUAACAGACCUGUAAAAUCCAACACGUCUUCACACCUCUCAAUUUUACGACACCAUCGUCCUAGGCGUCAUCGUAUAUCAACUCCUAUCGGCGAAAACCCUCCGCCUGUCCAUCCAUCACAUGUUUUCCAGCAAGGCUCUUUGCCAUAUGCAUCUCCUGAGCUUCUUCAACCCAAACCUUCACGGUUCAAAGGCGUCUAUGAUAUGCCUUCUGGUAUUAGUCGUGGGGCUGAGCAUGUUCUCAAAGGCUGCUUGGAGCGUGAUGUCCGCACCCGGUGGACGAUUGCGACAGUGGAUGAGAUGGCUUGGGGUGUUGGGCUUGACGACGAUGACGAUGACGACACAUCUCCUGUAACAGACAAGGAUAAAUUUGAGUUAGUAGAUUAUCCCAGCCGCCGAUCUCCCUCAUUAUCCCAGUCGCGCUCGCGCCCUUGCGCACGGCGUGAUAACAAGCCGAACCCACCUCACACCGAAGAAGCACCCCCAAGGCUGUCCAACCGUUCCCUCUCCCGUGCCUCUGUCUCAACUGCAAGUUCACUCUCAACACGAUGUACAAGUCGCAGUAUCUCCCGCCCACCAGUCGUUCGUUAUCCAAUGUCUCCCACAUACAAUGAACUCAGUCAUUCAGUGGUGAGCGCCUCGACGUCUCUCUCUGUGCCGCCUCUUGACAUCGGUGGCCCUACUCUUCUUGCCUCGCCAGGGCCAUCACCUGAGCGUGGCCGGAGACCGAAGAAGGCGGGAUUUUUACCCCCGCCUCGGUGUACACCAUCAUUAGCGACGUCUUCCCGUCAAUCAGAAUAUGCUCCAGAAUCUGGAGAUCUGGACGCUGAUGUAGACGUGUUGGGCGAUACUUCUCACUGGACGUCUACUCUAGGCAUCGACGCUGUAGCAGGAUCUACUGCCCGCCGUAGUGGUAUGACCACUGCGAUCGAGCGUUUGAAAGCCAUCCAGGACGUACUGCCACCGCAAGAGCACAAAAGGGCCGAGAGCACACCUCCGGCGUCAGGUGCUUGGCUACGGAGAUCGCGGCUUCGUAUCAAGGAAGAUCCUUCUUCCUAUCGCGCAGCCGAAGUUCACGGAGCGGGCGGAUUUCUUAGAGACUCCAGCACCACUCCCAUCCCAAUCACGCCCAAAGGCGGUACCCGAAGCCGGAGCGUAGGGCAUGACACCCGUCACGCCUAUGGCCGCACUCGCUAG